AUGACUGCUAAACCAUUGUUUAAUAUUAAUGAACCGGUAUUUGCCUUGCAUCAAGGAAAAACAUACAAGGCUAAGAUUCUUGAUUCAAAACUUGAUGAAGAAACAAAUGAAUGGCAAUAUUAUAUUCAUUAUGAUGGUUGGAAUAAGAAAUGGGAUACAUGGGCUCAAGCUGAUGUUUUACAAAAAAGAACCGAGAAAACUGAAGAAUUAUUCAAUAAAAUGAACGCUACAGUAAAAAAAAAUGAUUCAAAAAAAUCCGGUUCUACUAAAACACCUAAUAAACGUUCAUCAAUAUUACAAAGUGAUACAACUUCACAAAUACAAGUGAAUGCAGCUGAUGAUAGUCUUGAUUCAUCAUCAACAACAGCUACUUCAAAAGAAAAUAAUAAACGACCAAGAAAACGACAACGUACAGAUUCGGUAGAAAAAUUGAAAACAUUUGAAAAUAAAGUUGUUAUUGAAAUAAAAUUACCGGAUGAAAUAAAAAUAUGUCUUUCGCGUGACUGGUAUUUGAUAAAUAAUGAACAUAAACUCUUAAUUAUUCCAUGUCAACCUACGGUUGAAGAAAUUACUAAUCUUUAUCGCCAAUCGAAAUCAAAUAAACAAAAACCAAUUGAAGCCGAACAUACAAAUCAUUUUGCUGAAAGUAUUGUUACUUAUUUUGAUACGGCUUUAUCAACAAUGCUUUUAUAUGCUGUCGAACGAGCACAAUAUAAAGAGAUUCAACAAAGUCAUGGCCUCGGUGAUAAAUUACAACCAUCAAAUGUUUAUGGCAUUGUACAUUUAUUGCGUUUAAUGAGUCAAUUAGGUUCAAUAUUAGCUUAUUCGCCAUUGGAACAAACUGAAGUUGAUUUUUUACUUCUUCAUAUUGAUGAUUUUAAUCGAUUUUUGGAAAAAAAUAUUAAAACUUGGGUUAAUGAUGAACAUUAUCAAAUGCCGCUGGCGGCAUCAGUUCAAUAA